CGCCCGGCUUAUUAUCCUCCUUAUUGACAAACAGAGCGGCCGCGGCAGAGACCCUCGGCGUGCCAUGGGAGACAAGAAGAGCCCCACCAGGCCGAAGCGGCAGCCGAAGCCGUCCUCGGAUGAGGGUUACUGGGACUGUAGCGUCUGCACCUUCCGGAACAGCGCCGAGGCCUUCAAGUGCAUGAUGUGCGAUGUGCGGAAGGGAACCUCCACCCGAUCCACAUUCUUUGAAGUUAUUGUGAAUGCCUCGAGGACCAAGGAACCGUUGCAAUGUCCAAUUUCAGGAAGGAAGCCUCGGCCUGUCUCCCAGUUGGUUGCACAGCAGGUUACUCAGCAGUUUGUGCCCCCUACACAGUCAAAGAAAGAGAAAAAAGAUAAAGUAGAAAAAGAAAAAAGUGAAAAAGAAACAACUAGCAAAAAGAACAGUCAUAAGAAAACCAGGCCAAGAUUGAAAAAUGUGGAUCGGAGUAGUGCUCAGCAUUUGGAAGUUACUGUUGGAGAUCUGACAGUCAUUAUUACAGACUUUAAGGAGAAAACAAAGUCGCCGCCUGCAUCUAGUGCUGCUUCUGCAGAUCCACACAGUCAGAGUGGCUCCAGCUCUGAUAACACAGAGAGGGGAAUGUCCAGGUCAUCUUCACCGAGAGGAGAAGCCUCAUCAUUGAAUGGAGAAUCUCAUUAAAGUUUAUUUUCUCCAAUUUCUUAGUCACUUCUGUCCUACCAUGCAAAUACACGGAUUAUGCCAAGAAGUACCACAUUUUCAUGACAAACACACUCAUGCACAAUCCAUAAUUUGAGUUUUACAUGAAAUAGAAAUCUGCUAGAAUUUGUUAGCUUUUAUUGCAGUCUAUGCCUACAAAACAUUUCCAGACUUAACAUUUUGGUCUCUGCAGUUAUGUGCCAUGAAAAUGUGGUUGAAUUAUUCAUUAUGCAGUGUUACUGGUAAAUCUAUUUUCACUUUUAGUUUAGUGAAUUCUAACACAUAAUUCUUGAAUUCUCUACUAUUGGCAUGUAAUGAAUUUAAAUUUUUUAUAACAUAGUGCAAGCUGCCUAAAUAUGUAUUUGAGAAUUGUGAAACAAAUAGUUAUAUGUAUACAAGUCAAAGAUCAACUUAAUCAACUGUUGUUGCAACAGGAUUUUCGUAAUGGUUAUCCUCUUAAAUACACCUGCUGGUACUUGGUGUGGUUAAAUAGGAAAAUCGUUAUUAAAUAAAGAAUUUGUAUGAACCUUUGCCAAUGUUUUUGACAUGUUUUACUAAAUUAUUGUUUCUGAAUUAUGUUUCUGGUUUUAUCCAUUUUUUGGAUUUGUUUGCUUAUUUUUCAAAACAUUCAUUUAUUGUAAUGUUUACUAGCAGAUCAGUAAACAAUAAAACAUUGAUUGUUUAGCUUUAUAUGGUCAGAUUUAGUGCUGUUGUCAUUGAACACUGGUAUUUUCUGUACUCUAUGAAACAUUAAAAUUCAAAUAAUUAUAAGCAUUUGGCAAGAAAAGAAUAGAAAAGAAACUUGACAUAUUUUAAGAGCCGCAAUUUUAGAAAAGCUUUAAUUUAAUGAUAGUUUUAUCACUGUUUCCUUGUCCCAGACUUACCCAGGGUCAUAGAAGUAUGAGUCUAAUUUAUACAGAAAUGGUAACUGUUGCACAGAAAUGGUAAUCUAAUCUUAAAUAAGUUUAAUUGGCUUCUUAUUAAAUAUAACAAUUCUUAUGAAAGUCAUAGUAUCCUAUUUUCAGACACAACUGCCAGCUUAUGCAUUUAUCAAUAUUGUGAAAGAAAAAAGUAUUUACAGCUCCACUCACUAUUAUGUAAAAUUACCAAUAAAAUAUUUUUAUGACUACAGAUUUUGCAUUUUUGUUUACAACUAAUACAGUGUUUCAUGUUGUACUUAAAAAUUCAAGCUUGAAACCACACGCUAAAUUCUUUUAGCGUCUCCUUCCUCUUAACCAUUUGCUUAUUAUAUACCCACCUAUAGGAGACUUAUGAAAUAUAAAUGAACUUAAAAAUAUAACCUGGAUACAAAAUAUCACAUAAAAGGGCAUCAUCAUAACAUUUGAAGAAGAAAAUACAACUGUAGAGCUUGAUAGUUGUGAUAUCUGGUGGUUUCACAUGGUAAUGUAAUUUUCUGUUUAAUUCAAGUACUUUUUACAGGCACUAUGGUACCGUCUUUUUUGUAAGAUGCUAAUUGUGAAAUACAGUUAAUUGCAUACAGUGAAAGUCUGUGAUUAAAACAUUUAUAUACCUCA